AUGAAUAUAUCAUCACCAACCGUGGCAGAUGACAUGACACUCAUAUCAUAUUCAAGUAGGGCCUUAAGCAUUAUGCUUGACAUAUGUUAUACAUAUUCCCGUCAGUGGCGCUACGAAUAUAAUGCCAGUAAAUGUGCAGUUGUGGUAUUCAAUGCAACCCCAAGUUUCUACUCGAAACCGGAAGUAUGGUCCAUAGGCGGAAGCGAAAUAAAAAUGACUCUAGAUUAUACGCAUUUAGGCAUUAAGACAGACAGAUAUUUAAGCACUAGACAGCUAAUGUAUGAGGCUGGUGUGAAAUUGAGAGGACUUGACACUAUAAACAGUUUGUGUAACGAUGAAGAAGAGCAUCGAGCCGACUGUCUUCUUAAGAUCAGUCCGACUGUGGGCAAACCAUCCUUGGAAAAUGGCAUGCAUAAGGGAAAGAAUGGUAUGACAUGGUUCAUUGGAGAUUUCAAUGCUUCAUAUGACAUAGAGGUCAGAAAAUCUAACAGAGAACAGCUGUUCUUUCAUUUUGUACAAUGUACAAAUUUAGUUCCUGUAAACAGUUUAGAUAUUUGCUCCGGCACAAAGUCAACAUUUGUAACAUAUGAUAACAGUUACGAAAGUAUAAUAGACUUUAUUUGUAUACCAGUUGAGAUGUAUGAUUGUGUUACUCAUUGUGAAGUUAUGGAUGACAGUUGUUUAAAUGUGUCAAGGCAUAGGCCUGUGUUAUGCAAAUUAGAAAUUCCAAUCAGUGCGACACGAGACUACAUCGCUACGGAUAGUGAAAAUAUGAAAAUUAAUUGGAAAAAAGUAAGUGAUGUGCAAGUGACGGAAUUCCAACGCAGGCUAAAAGAUAUUUCUUCCCUCCAAUAUUACGCCCAUAAACAACUUAACAAUCAAGAUAUAGACAAGUUUUACGAGAUAAUAUCUUCGUCCCUCAAUAAAUGUGCAGGAUGUAUUUUUCCAAAGAAGCGCUUUAGACCAUAUUUAAAACCCUACUGGAAUUCCCGUUUGACUGAAUUGCAUGACAAUAUGACUCACAGGAGGAACACAUGGUGCCAACAUGGAAGACCGAAAGAAAAGGGUAAUGAACACUAUACGGAAUACAAAUCGGCCAAACGCGAAAUUAGAAGAUACCACAGAUAUUGCACGGCACAAUACAUGACAGAACUAGACAGGGAAAUCGACCAAACUGCAGAGCUUGACUCGCGCAUGUUUUGGAAAUUAGUUAAUAAUAGACGUAAACAGUCAUACCGUAAAUUAGGCGCCGGUAUGAAAUUUAAUGACACGGUAUUUUGGGACCAACAGGAAAUUACAGAACAAUGGGGACACUACUUUAAGAAACUAUAUACACCUACUGCUGACUCCACGUAUGACUCCAGCUGGAAGACAACUGUCGAAGAGAAAGUACGCGAAACAUUAAACAGGUCUGUACCGGAUCAAAAUGUCAAGAUUGUGCCGGAAUCGAUUACAAGUAUGUUGCAAACAUGCCCGUUGGGAAAAGCAUCUGGAGCUGAUGACAUUGCAUAUGAGCAUCUAAUAUAUGGCGGUGCGUUUGUAUCAAUUAUACUGGCUUCCUUGUUUACCGGUAUGCUUCGAAAUGCAUAUAUACCAGACGUAAUGAAACGUGGAAUUAUUCUGACAAUGCACAAGGGUGGGAAUAAGAGCAGGGACGAUCCUAACAACUACCGUGCAAUAACACUUACAUCAACUGUUCUUAAAUUAUUUGAAAUGGUCCUCGUAGAAAGAACAAAACCUUUUAUUUUACAAAGCUUAAGUCCACAACAAGGUGGCUUCCAGGAAAAGCUUGGCUGCUUAAUGACAUCUUUUGUGUUAAGAGAAUCCAUUUGGUUUAGCAAAGAAAAUUCUAGCAAACUUCAUAUCUGCUUUCUAGACGCAAAGCAAGCGUUUGAUCGAGUGUGGCACUCUUCACUCCUCUACAAACUCACCCAAAGUGGGCUAGAUUCUACAACACUUUUAGCAUUUUCUGAACUGUACACAAAUAUGACCAGUUGUUGGCGCUACGAAUAUAAUGCCAGUAAAUGUGCAGUUGUGGUAUUCAAUGCAACCCCAAGUUUCUACUCGAAACCGGAAGUAUGGUCCAUAGGCGGAAGCGAAAUAAAAAUGACUCUAGAUUAUACGCAUUUAGGCAUUAAGACAGACAGAUAUUUAAGCACUAGACAGCUAAUGUAUGAGGCUGGUGUGAAAUUGAGAGGACUUGACACUAUAAACAGUUUGUGUAACGAUGAAGAAGAGCAUCGAGCCGACUGUCUUCUUAAGGGAAACAUAGGCGACACUAUGAAAUUAUGGAGUAUUAUAGUAGAUGAUUAUGGGUUGAGCUUUUUCCGAGAAUUCGUCUUACAAACCCCGUCAAAACAAGUUCAAAUAAUUCUGUUUGACCUUAUUAAUACUGACGUUGUAGAUGAUGAAUGCAGGAUAUCACCUAAAAGUAUUAGAAUUUUGAAAGUCUUGCAUAAGGUUUUAGAGGAUUUAAGAUGA